UGUACCUGGCUGCUGGCCUCCUUCAUACUGCUUGCUGCCACUGACACAAACUAGCUCAUCCUGCUCAUCAGCCAACAUCUCUUUUAUUGGCAAUCAAGAUGAAUGAAAGAUGUAGAAAAAUAUGAGAAUCCCACGAUAAACCAUUCAAGGUUAGCGUCACCAUGAAGGUUUUUUCUUGGUCUUCUCUUGCCAAGCAUUCAAAAACACUAAUGCCUUUGUGAAGCUGUGUAUUUUGGCUGUCUGCACCUGCAACUGGCUGUCCCUGCUCCAGUAUUGUCACUGGGUAGAUGACAUGUGACUGAAUCUCUACUGUAUCACUAUUAUGAUACAGCUGACGGGCUAUAGGUGGAGGGAGAAGUCCUGUGAUAUAGUGUGGUGGAGGAGCAGUCACAGGUAGUAUUCUGGUGAUAGUGAGUGUGCUGGGACUAACAGGAAGAAGAGGAAUAUUGGUGACAUUCCGGGAAUUACAACAAGAAUUAGGAUUUAAAUGUUGGUUGUAGUGGUGGGAUUAACAAGUGGCCGUGCUGGCGUUGAGGAAUGUUGAGAGGCUUGGUGGCAGCACACAAAGGAUUAACAGCCCACCUCCAUGACCAUGGCCACUGAAUAUAGAUCUGACAGCAGAGGCACGAAAACUCUACGCAAGCAGCCCGAGAUAGAGGAGGCUGAUGAGGAGGAAAACAGUCCAGGAUCUGACCAAUCAGAUGCCACUAUUGUAGCAGAAAAAGUAGAUGUCUGCCAGUCACAAUCCUAUGGGGGUGGUUCCCCUGUCUCAGACUCAACCACCAAACCAGAAGUUCUGUGUGAUGAAACCAACAAUCAUACAACACAGGUUCAUCCAAAAAUCAAGCAGCUCACGAGGAGUCAGGCAUUUGAAGACCACUCUCCUCCACCAGAACAACAAUGUUCCCACAGCAGCCCCGACUUAACGCCAACCAAUGGAGUCUACUUAAAAACACAGACAUCGAAGGGGACGUUAGAGAAGACUGGAUCACAGAGUUCUGAGGCAGGUACCUCAUCCAGUUGGUCACGAGAUUCCAGUCUAGAUAAAGGGACAUAUAAAGAUUCCACAGGCAUUAACCUGGAAGACUUCAUCAGAAAGACCAUGAACAAAACCCCCAAAGACAGAAACAUGCUCCUCAAACUGGAGACCGACCUAACCAAUUUCAUUAAUGAACCAAAGCACCAUUACCUCAAAUUUCCACAGAUGUCCUCAUAUGAUCGUAUGUUAGUUCAUCGUAUUGCUGCCUUUUUUGGCCUUGACCACAACGUAGACCAGACUGGAAAGUGUGUCAUAGUGAACAAAACCUCCAACACCCGAGUACCUGAGUUUAACUUUAAAGAACAUGUAGAUGCUCGGGACUCUCAGAAAAAAAUCACGGGCAUUAUGAGGAGGAUGGGUGUUGGCAGUCUAGAUGACAAAGAGAGCUACUGUAGAAGUCUAGACAAGCCUAUGUUAGGUUCGAAGAAAGCACAAUCAUUUGAGGAAAGGCAGCAGCAGUAUGAGAAAGUACGGCAGAAAAUUUUCAGUAGUUGUGACGAGCCUAUACAUUACACAGAGGAGGAAGCACCGCGCAUAAUCAAAAAACCAAAUCGCCCUUCUAGUCUUAGUAAAAGUAACCACGAGGGACAGCCCUGGAGUAGUACCGACUCAAGUGGGUACGGCACAGAUUCAUCUGUGUCACGGGCACGAGGCAUUCCUAAGGCAAACAGCUUUGGGGGCAUGGGUUCUGUGUCCUACAACAAUCAGGCCUUAAAAUUCCCACACAAGUCUCUCAGCCUGUCUGUAGAGCCAUCAAGGAGUCCUAUACACAGUGGUAUGAGCAGUCCGAUGGGUCAGCGUAUACUGCCUACAGCUCCGACUCCUCCAGGCAGCCACUCGGACAGCUCGCCUCUCUCACGCUGCAGCUCCUCAGGGCCGGUACAGUCCCCGCUCAGUGCAGGCUACACUCCAGGGCCUGGCCAGGUGUAUUGGGUGGCAUCAGAUAUACGCAACAUACCCCCAGGUAGUGUGGUUAUUAACCCACAGACAGGCCAGCCCAUCUCCAACGCUGAUGGCAGUCUGUAUCACCACAUGCCUGGGCAAGGCCCCACUCCCACGGGCCAGACUGUAUACACCUCUCCACAGUACUCCUCAGAUGUCUGGACUCCCAGCUCUGAGACUCCAGCAGCAGAGCUGUGUCGCCACCUAUCUAUGGUAAGCAUUAACCAGCCAUCACUUGAGAAUGUGGAGGAGCCCCCGGGCCAGACUACAGGGCCAGGGAUGCAGACCACACAGUACGUGUUGGGGGCCCAGCCCCAGGGACAGGUGCAACAACAGUCUGCACAGGUCGUUCAGACUCAAUAUUUUCCUGGGGGACAACAGAACAUGGCGGGAGCAGUGCGAUAUAUGUACCCUGUGAACUAUCAAGUUCAAGGUCAGACCCAACAAGGUCAAGCACACCAAACAGUUGUUGGUAUGGACAACCAAAGUUUUCCUCAAACUGGCAACCAGUUUCCACCUCAGGUUGCUGGGACCUACCAGGGGUAUCCUGCUAAUGGGGCUCCAGGAGCUGCCCCUAAUGUAGAACAAUUUUCAUCAAACAUUGCACAGAACACAUAUCCGGUGAUACAGCAGGGGGAGGGUGGUGUACAGACUUUCUCAUCGUACCCCUCUCAGUACAGCCAAAAUAACUUUGGACAGCAGCCUCAAGGCACAAUGUUCUACUCCAAUACCACCAAUCCCCAAAUGGGGACAACAACAGGGUUCCAGUACCAGCAGCAAGGACCUUACCCUGGUCAGGGGAACACAGCGGUGACAAUGUCAAACCAAAGUGUCGCCUUACAGAAUGUAGCACAGCCCAUAGGGCCUGGGGUCCCUUCCCCCGGGCAAGCUAGUGCUGCUACUCCCUCUACACCCCAGUACUUAUAUUCCACUGUUCCACAGUACCAGGGCUCCACAAGACCAGCCAAUCCACAGCUUUUACAUUUCCACAAUGUACCAGCUGCGGGACAGUCAUCACAGAGCAUGCCCAUGCUUCGAAAUAUGCAACUCAACAUGCAAUUUCCUGUACAAGUUACAGCCUUGCAGCAACAGCAGCAGCAGCAGCAGCAGCAUCAGCAGCAGCAUCAGGGAGGCAUGCCCGGCCAGAUGACAGUUAGUGCUAAGGGAUACCCUGUGGACUCUUCGUUACCCAAAGUGGAGGGUAUAGACAAUAAGGACUAUAUCAUGAGUGGCCUCUCAAACAUUGGCUCGGGUCUCCUGGCUGGUCCACCUAGACCGGCCGCACCCAUCAUACGGCCCACUACAGAUGUGCGCUUUUUAGGACAAGCAGGAUUUCACCCACAGAUACAAGUUCCAUUUCCAUCGCAGCCUUUGUCUCAUCAACCACAGAAAAUUAGGGCAAGUACUGGACAAUCAGGCUCCAAGCAACAGCGACUGAAGAAAAGCAAAAGUAAGGAAGGACAAGAUGGAUCUCUACAUAGCCAGGACAGCACAGAACUACAGCAAAGUAAUGUAGUGGAGGUGUAUGAUCUACCUGGUGGGCUAAAGCGAUCAGAAGCAGAAAUCUAUCUGAAGGAUUUGGUGACAUGCGGAGCACAAGUCCAGUUUAUAAAUAUGGACGGUAGUCAUGGUGACCACCCGAAUCUGACUAUUUCUAACUGUAAGAAAGUUUUAGCAAUAUUCCCAAACUCUUCAGUGGCGAUGAGUGCCCUUCAAAAUCACGGGAGUGGUAGCAACAGUAGCCGUUUCAAGCUCCAGCACAUCAGCGCCACCACAAUAUCAUCAACGGGGGCAGACCACUCUAAUAUAGGCGUCAAAAGUUAAUUUAAAAAUUGUUUAAGUCAAUUCUAUUGUAUUUUUAUAUGAGAAGUUUUAAGAUAUUUUAUUGUGAAGAGCAGAAUAUUAAAGACAUGAAGAGAACUAUUUAAACUACAGAGGUGAAAUACUAUGUGUUCUUAUGAGAAUAUUUAACAAUGAAUCAUCUCGCCCCUAUACUAGAUUGUCCAACUUUCUGUGCCAUGAAAACUAUUGAUUUUGUCUGUUUCUUUGGUAGACUUUACAUAGUGAACCUUUGGGUUGAAGCAUCUGGUCGGUAUAAUUGUGCUUUUUCACUUAGGCUCCUUUUUAUAUUAAUAUAUUAUACGACUUAUUUCAAUCUGCUGUGUCACUUCUUUUCUUUUUUUUUGUUAUUUUUUUUUAAAGGAUUUUUUGCUACCUUUUUACAUGUUGUAUGUAUGUGAUGAUAGGGGAGGCGACUGUGCUGACUGAUCUUCAGUGAAUUCAGCUUUAUUGCCACAGGCGUAUGUCAGCCAGCCAACAGUCAAGUCUAUAUUAAUUUAUUACUUCUUUCAAACAAAUGUUCUGUAUUAUAAGAUCGGAGGUCGUAUAUUUACACAGAGAUAAACUAUACCAAUGCUAUAUUCAAAACAAAGAAUAAAUGCUUUUCACUUGAGCAGUAUUGUAGAGUCCAAUGCUGUCAUCUACAUCUCCAGCACACAUGUUGGUAGGAUUGUGUCUUGAGGUAAAGAGUACCAUCAAAUUCAAAUAUGUUAUAACCAUUGGCACUUUUAUGGAAUAUUUGUUUUAGAAAUUUUCUUUAAACUAUUUCCUU